AGAGCAGCAUAGUAGCGUAUAUGACAAACCGUGCGCUGUUCUGCGAGAGUCGAGUUCUCUCUCGCUCGGCGACCGCGUCGGACGUGCAGCACGAGCGAGAAAAAGGGAAAGGAAUCGCGUGCAGCAGUGAUAAUACACAUACGCAUACACCGCAGCGUUGUCGAGAGCAACAGCGAGACUCUCUCGUACGGCCCGCUGGUGUGUUUGUUGCAGCAGUGCUUGGCGUUGAUGCCGCCGUCGCCGUCAGCAUCGCGUCGAGGAGGAGCUCCCGCCGGCUGCCCGCAACUGUGACCUGUGUGUGUGUGUGCGUGCGCGCGCGUGUGUGUGUGUGUAGAGAGGGAGCGCGCGCGCGGGCGCGUGUGACGACGACUUCUUCCAGCAGCGAGUGCGAGAGAACCGCCGACGUGUUGUGUCCUCCCGAGGAGUUGUUGGACUCGCAGCAGAAUGGCCUCCGACGAGGAAGUCGACGAGAGCUUUGCGGGGGAAGAUGAAGUCGAGGAAUCCGGCAACCAGGUGUCCAGCGCCGGCCAAGCUGUCGAGGGUUCGUCAGACGCCGAAGACGCACAAAGACUAGAGGAGGACGACGAUUACGAGCCCGAGGAGCGCAAGAAGAAGAAGGGCAAGAAGCGGAAAGCCCGAAGCGAGGACAAAAAGGGCAAGAAGAAAAAGAAAAAGAAAAAGUCCGACUCCGGAGAUGAAAGCGACUUCGGAGGAGGCGGUGGCGGUGGAGAGAACGCCGACCUUGCUGGCGAUGACAGCGACUACGCGGGUAACCGCAAGAGCCGCAAAUCCUCGUCGCGCAAGUCGUCGAGCCACUCGACGCCCGCACCGGCGACCCAGGGCCAACAGGAGCCCGCAACUGGGAUGCCUACGAUAGAGGAGGUCUGCAGUACUUUCGGUCUCACCGACGUCGCCAUCGAGUACACCGACGCCGAUUUUCAGAACCUCACCACCUACAAGCUGUUCCAACAGCACGUCAGGCCACUGCUUGCAAAGGAGAAUCCCAAGGUACCGAUGUCCAAGUUGAUGAUGUUGGUAGCUGCAAAGUGGAGAGACUUUUCAGAAUUGAAUCCACACACGCAGCCUGAGAUCGACAUGUCGACUCAGUCGAUCGAUGAGGACAACAGGAAUUCCAGAUCGAACAGAAGUGCCGUGGCACAGGACGACGAUGACGACGAGGACGACGAAGACAGUGAUCGCAAGAAAAAAUCGCGUAGUUCAAGGACAAGCAAGAAGGGCAAGAAAACUUCGAAAGUUCCGACUCUCAAGAUUAAGUUAGGAAAGCGCAAGCGAGGCAGUUCGGAUGAGGAGAUUGAAGGAAGCGGACCUGGUUCCGAUAGGGACUCGGAUAUGGAGUUUGAACAGAUGUUGGCCGACGCCGAGGAUGUUCCACCGACGGAAAACAACACUAAACCAGAAGAAACGAACGCUGAGGCACCUGCCGAACCGCCAGUGCGCAGGAAGGCGAAGACCAAAAUCGGCAACAAAACUAAGAAGAAAAAGAAGACGAAGACUACGUCCAAAUUCCCUGAUGGAGAGGGUGAUCACCAAGACUAUUGUGAAGUGUGUCAACAAGGUGGAGAGAUUAUUUUAUGUGAUACCUGUCCUCGAGCUUAUCAUCUUGUUUGUUUGGAACCCGAAUUGGAGGAGACACCCGAAGGAAAAUGGAGUUGUCCACAUUGCGAGAACGAUGGUGCAUUAGAGGAUGAUGAUGAACAUAUGGAGUUCUGUAGAGUAUGUAAGGAUGGCGGCGAGUUGUUGUGCUGCGACAGCUGCACGAGCGCUUACCACACGCAUUGUCUGAAUCCACCUCUGACCGAGAUUCCCGAUGGUGACUGGAAGUGUCCACGCUGUUCUUGCCCGCCCCUCUUUGGCAAGGUCGCCAAGAUUCUGACCUGGCGCUGGAAAGAGGUGAUGGAUCCGCCGUCCGAGGAACCCUCGACGAGCAAGGCUUCCUCUUCUGGAAAGCCGCGUAAGAUUCGCGAGUUCUUCGUCAAGUGGGUCGACAGGUCGUACUGGUACUGCGAUUGGGUGACCGAGCUACAGCUCGAUGUUUUCCACCCACUCAUGUUUAGAAACUAUUCGCGCAAGUACGAUAUGGACGAGCCACCCAAACUCGAGGAGCCCCUGGAUGAGAGUGAUGGCCGCGUCAAGCGGCUCAGAGACGUUGACAAGGACAAUCUCGCGCUGCGCGAUGAGUACAAUUUGGAGGAGCGUUUCUACCGCUUCGGCGUCAGGCCCGACUGGUUGGUCGUCCACCGCGUCAUCAAUCAUCGGCUGCAGCGUGACGGACGAGCCCUGUAUUUGGUCAAAUGGCGCGAACUUGGUUAUGAUCAAGCCACCUGGGAAGAUGAAAACGCAGACAUUCCAGGCCUCAAAACGGCUAUUGAGUAUUAUCUGGACCUGAGGGCCGCAAAUUGCGCCGAUGGUCCUCCCUCUAGAAAGGGCAAAAAGGGCAAGGGUAAAAAAUCCAAGACGAAGGAGAUUAUUGAUGACGAAGAGAGAACGCCGAGGAGGUACACUCCGCCGCCCGAUAAGCCAACCACGGAUCUCAAGAAGAAGUAUGAGAGACAACCCGAGUACCUGGAUUGUACUGGCAUGCAGUUGCAUCAUUAUCAGUUAGAGGGUUUGAACUGGUUGCGAUAUUCGUGGGGACAGGGAAUCGACACAAUUCUUGCCGACGAGAUGGGUCUAGGAAAAACUAUCCAGACAAUUACAUUUUUAUAUUCACUUUAUAAAGAGGGUCACUGCAAGGGUCCAUUUUUAGUGUCAGUACCUCUUUCGACCAUUAUUAAUUGGGAAAGAGAGUUUGAAACUUGGGCUCCAGAUUUUUAUUGUGUUACAUAUGUUGGUGACAAGGACAGUCGUAUGGUGAUUCGAGAAAAUGAACUGUCUUUCGAGGAGGGCGCGGUACGCGGUGGACGAGCAUCCAAGAUCCGCUCCUCGCAAAUCAAAUUCAAUGUCCUGUUGACGAGUUAUGAGUUGAUAUCGAUCGAUUCGGCCUGCCUGGGCUCGAUUGAUUGGGCUGUACUCGUCGUCGACGAAGCUCAUCGUCUCAAGUCCAAUCAGUCCAAGUUCUUUAGGCUGUUGGCUUCCUAUAACAUCGCAUACAAACUGCUACUUACGGGUACGCCGUUGCAGAACAACUUGGAAGAGUUAUUCCAUCUGCUCAAUUUCUUGUGUCGCGACAAGUUCAACGACUUGUCGGCCUUCCAGAACGAAUUCGCCGAUAUCUCGAAAGAGGAUCAGGUGAAGAAGUUGCAUGAGAUGUUGGGACCUCACAUGUUGCGACGUUUGAAAGCUGAUGUGUUGAAGAAUAUGCCUAGCAAAUCCGAAUUUAUUGUGCGAGUCGAACUUUCGCCUAUGCAGAAGAAGUAUUACAAGUACAUCUUGACGCGAAACUUUGAGGCGCUGAAUCCCAAAGGUGGCGGCCAGCAGGUCUCGCUACUCAACAUCAUGAUGGACUUGAAGAAGUGUUGUAAUCAUCCGUACCUGUUCCCGGCGGCAUCACAAGAAGCCCCAACCGGACCCAAUGGCAAUUACGAGACCUCGGCUCUGAUCAAAGCCGCUGGAAAACUUGUUCUGCUCAGUAGGAUGUUAAAGAAACUUCGAGAUGACGGCCACAGAGUUCUCAUUUUCUCGCAGAUGACAAAAAUGUUAGAUCUGUUGGAGGAUUAUCUUGAGGGUGAGGGUUACAAGUACGAAAGAAUCGACGGUAACAUCACAGGAACACAGAGACAGGAAGCUAUCGAUAGAUUUAACGCACCGGGAGCUCAACAAUUUGUAUUUCUGCUAUCCACCAGAGCUGGUGGUUUAGGUAUUAACUUGGCAACGGCCGAUACUGUGAUAAUCUAUGACUCCGACUGGAAUCCGCACAAUGACAUUCAGGCCUUCAGUCGUGCCCAUCGUAUAGGUCAGGCCAACAAGGUCAUGAUCUACCGCUUCGUAACGCGUAACUCUGUAGAGGAACGUGUCACUCAGGUGGCCAAACGUAAGAUGAUGCUUACCCAUUUGGUUGUAAGACCUGGUAUGGGCGGCAAAGGCGCUAACUUUAGCAAACAAGAGCUCGACGAUAUUCUACGUUUCGGUACCGAGGAGCUGUUCAAGGAAGAGGAAGGCAAGGAAGACGAAGCCAUCCACUACGACGACAAGGCUGUUGCCGAGUUGCUCGAUCGUAGUAAAGAAGGUAUUGAACAGAAGGAAAAUUGGGCGAACGAGUAUCUCAGUUCGUUCAAGGUCGCGUCGUACGUGACGAAAGAGGAACAAGAUGAAGAAACAGACACGGAGAUCAUCAAGCAGGAAGCCGAAAACACCGACCCCGCCUACUGGAUCAAGCUGCUGAGACACCACUACGAACAGCAACAGGAAGAUAUCGCGAGGACGUUAGGCAAAGGCAAGCGCGUCAGGAAGCAGGUAUGCCGAUAUGUUAACUACAACGACGGUGGCGUGACCGGUGAUCAGGGAACGCGCGACGACCAACCUUGGCAGGACAACAUGUCCGAUUAUAACAGCGACUUCAGCGCGCCGAGCGACGACGACAAAGAGGAUGACGACUUCGACGAGAAGGGCGAGGGUGACUUGCUGUCUCGUCGCAGUCGGCGUCGGCUGGAGCGUCGCGACGAGAAAGAUCGGCCACUACCGCCUCUGCUUGCCCGAGUCAACGGUAACAUCGAGGUGCUCGGCUUCAACGCGCGCCAGCGCAAGGCAUUCCUCAAUGCGAUCAUGCGAUACGGCAUGCCGCCCCAGGACGCCUUCAACUCGCAGUGGCUCGUCCGUGAUUUACGAGGAAAAUCGGAAAAGAACUUCAAAGCCUAUGUCUCGUUGUUCAUGCGGCAUCUGUGUGAACCCGGCGCGGAUAACGCUGAAACCUUUGCGGACGGCGUACCGCGCGAAGGCUUGAGCCGUCAGCACGUGCUUACGCGUAUCGGUGUCAUGUCGCUGAUUCGUAAAAAGGUUCAAGAAUUCGAGCAUAUAAACGGCUAUUACUCGAUGCCCGAGAUGAUCCGUAAACCCGUAGAGCCGGUGAAGACGGCCGAGGGCGGUGCUGCGGCGACGGCGACGACGCCAGCUGCUGCCGGAGCGGCAGCUACGGCAACAAGCGAUGGAGCGGCCACAGGCUCUGCGAGCAGUACCAACGCGACGACACCCGCAACCUCGAACGCGCCCAGUCCCAGUCCUGCGGUGACACCGGCACCGGCGGCUGACGGAGUUGCUGCUGCUACGGCGACUAAAGAAGAGUCGAAAGAUAAGGAGGCUGGUAGCGAAGACGGCAAGGAGAAGGAGGCGAGCGAGGGUGCAGCCGUGAAGGAAGAGGUGAAAGAAGAAGAUAAACCUUCCGAGAACGCCGAAGAAGAUGGAAAAGAAAAGGAAGAAGUGAAGAAGGAGGAGAAGGAAUCUUCGGCUGAGGCGGACAAACCGGCCGCCGAGGCAAAGGAAACGGAGAAGGCUGAUGCCAAGGAGACGGAGAACUCCGAGAUUAAGGAAGAAAAAUCCGAAGAGAAGCCUGCAUCGGCGACCGAAAACGCAGAAACGAAAGCCAAACCUGAAGUUGCAGCGGAGGAAGACGUGGUUAUCGUUAAGGAUGAUGAAGAUGAAGGCAAGGACGGUGAUAAGAAGGAGGAGUCCAAGGAUAAAGACAAAGAUUCAAAGGACAAAGAUAGCAAAGAUGGUGCGGACGCGGACGGUGUCAAGCCCAAGCGCAAGUUCAUGUUUAACAUAGCGGAUGGUGGCUUUACCGAACUGCACACUCUUUGGCUGAACGAGGAGAAGGCUGCGGUGCCCGGUCGCGAGUACGAAAUAUGGCACAGGCGACACGACUACUGGUUGUUGGCUGGUAUCGUUACCCACGGCUAUGGUCGCUGGCAAGACAUUCAGAACGAUAUCAGAUUUGCCAUAAUCAACGAACCAUUCAAGAUGGACGUGGGCAAGGGCAACUUCCUUGAAAUCAAGAACAAGUUCCUGGCCAGGAGAUUCAAGCUGCUCGAGCAGGCUCUCGUUAUCGAGGAACAGCUGCGCAGAGCCGCAUACUUGAAUCUUACCCAGGACCCCAACCAUCCGGCCAUGAGCCUGAACGCGAGGUUUGCCGAGGUAGAGUGCCUCGCCGAGUCCCACCAGCAUCUCAGCAAGGAGAGCCUGGCUGGAAACAAACCUGCCAAUGCAGUAUUGCAUAAGGUGCUUAAUCAAUUAGAGGAACUUCUCUCUGACAUGAAGUCCGACGUAAGUCGAUUGCCGGCUACUUUGGCUCGCAUACCACCUGUAGCUCAAAGACUACAAAUGUCCGAGCGAUCGAUUCUCAGUCGACUGGCAGCGACUGCUCCCGGUAACAACAGCACGCAGACCGGACAGGCUGCACUAUUGGCACAACAAUUCCCCCCUGGUUUCACCGGUGGUCAGAUACCGGCCACAUUUGCCGGUGCCGCCAACUUCGGGAACUUCAGGCCACAAUAUUCAGUGCCCGGACAGCCACCUCAAGGUUUUGCAGCUUGAGUGACGUGAGCAGCAGACUUUGCGGCAGUACAAUGAAAAUCAGACGACUCACAGCGUCCAGGGUACAUCACACUUUGGGCUGAUGCUGGGAGAAUGAAUGGCUAGCGCGCUGUGUAAUCUUAUUUUUCAUAAACCACACAAUUUCUAGCUGAAUUCUCACUAGAUAAGGAUCUUUUAAGGAUAUGCGCUAAACGUAAAUAAUUAAUAACAGUACUAUCCUAAACAAUAAUUGAAAAGACACGUUUCUCCUGUAUUUAUUAUGUGUAUACAUUCAUCGAAUCGAAAAAAACUCUUUUGUAUUGUCAAAAUAUGGAUAUGGAUAUAAGCGAUCGUUCAUCCCUCCGAUCGGUAAGAGCAAAAAAAAUGCGCCAGCGUUUAUCGUAUGUAAUAAGUACACAUUACUUAAAUUUAUUUAAGCAAAACUGUAUUUUUAUUUGGAGACUAAGAUAAACUUUGUUCGAGGAA